AUACAAACCAAUUCCAAGACCAAAGCUACCCAUAUUAGCACGGGCACAUUUAAGUUAUAAUUUAAGUCGGUAAUACCUUAAUGUCCUUAAUUUUUAUUCUUAUGUAACCCUCAUAAUAUUAAUUAAUAAUCAUCAAUAUUCAUCAUUUAAAUGCAAAGGCAAAGGCGAUCAUCAUUCAAUCAGAAUCUUAAAUUAAUGUUAAAAAUAAGAUUUUUUAGACUUAGACCUACUAUCCGCGUUGCAGUAAUACUAAUAGUGUACUAUAAAUACCUAUUAGUUUAUAGUGAUAAAUGUUCAUAUUCAUAUUAUUGUUAGGCUCAACCAAUGCAGUAAUUUUCUAAAUAAUAGUAAACUCUUAAUUAAAAGUGAAAUAUAUAAUACAAAUCAGUUGUAGUAAGCUAAGACUAAGUGAAAGUGCCUUAGUAGGCCAAUUAAAAGUUAGGCUUAUUUAAAAGUUAGGCUUAUAUAAUUUAAUUUAUAAUUUAAUUGAAACUUCCCAAUGUCUAUUGCCAUUUGAUUUGUUUUAAAAAAUCAUUUAAGUAAGUUUUUUUUUUGAAAUUAUAUUUUUAAUUUUUACAAUUGUUUCAUUUUCAUGAUGUGACUCUUGUCAUUAAUUGUUAUUGAUGUGAUGGACAAUACAUUUGAGGAAUAUUUAUUUAUCAUAUUUACUUUCUAUUACAGGUGAACCUGUUGUUAGCAACUAUUAAUAAAAAUGAGUAUGAGUGAACAGAUGAAGUUCAUUGUUCAGGAAUUGAACAAAGAACCAUUUAAUAAAUCUUACAACCUAAUAUCAUUUGAUUCGCUUGAACCACUACAGCUGCUACAAGUUUUGAAUGAUGUCCUAGCAGUAAUUGAUCCAAAGGUUGUUAGCAAAAUCUUUUACUUAUUUUUAAAAUAAAUAAAUAAAACAUUUCUGCUUACCAAUACUUAUGAAAGCUUUUAACUAUCCACAAAAAUACAACAACUAAAAGCUUAUUUUUUAAGCUAUGUUUAAAUAUUUGCUAUAGUAACUAUGAGAUUGAAAGAGUCAGUAACCUUCUAACCCCAUUAAAAUGAAAUGCUAAUAGUUUUAAAGGAAUAAAUAUGAUUUCUUUCCAAAAUAAUGGUUAUUUCUUUUGAUUAAUUAUUUUCUUUUGUUUAAUAAAAAAGUUUAUUAACCUUAAGAAUAAUCUACUGCAGGCCUGCACAACUCAAAAUGUAAGGCGGCCUUAAUACAUUAUGAAAAACUUGUGCGGGCCAAAAGAAAAUAGGACAGGAGUUGUGCGGGCCAAAAUAAAAAAUAGGGGGGGGGAGAGCUAUAAAGAAAAUAAUAAGAAUAAAUAAUAUUUUGUUACUUCACGGGGCGCAUAAUGGGUACUGGCGGGCAGCACGUGGCCCGCGGGCCGUAUGAUGUACACCCCUGAUCUACUGAGUAGCUAAAUAUUUGUAAAAUAAAGAUCUGGUACAAAGAACAAAAACUAUGCUUAAAAUUAAUAUAACAUACAAUAAAAUAUGUGUUCAUUUUCAUCAUUUAUAAUAAUUUUUGUCUUAUUCUUAGGACAAAUUUUAUUAUUUUGUAUCAUAACAUGUUAAUCUAUUACAAUAUUUAGCAAAAGCUGGAUAUUCGUGAAGAAGCACCAGAUCAGACAGCUGUACGGAUUUUUCAGAUUUUAAGAGUUCUGAAAUAUAAACCACCAGAUCAUGUUAGCAUGUGAGUUCAUCAUCCUUUUAAUUUUUUUUUCUUCUAUUUUGAUCAUUACUCAUAUGAACUUGAAUAUCUAGGUAUUUAUAUAUUUAAAAUUUUAUUCAAAUAUAAAAAACAACUGCUUUAAUCAUAUGUGCAAUGUAAUUGUAAAGAUUUUCAAACAGUAUUUAACUAUAUUUAGAUACCAGUGUGAAUGAGAUUCUGCUAUGCAUAAAAUUACUUACCAAAACUAUCAUAAUUAAGACACCGCAUAACCAACAAAAUGUCAGCAGUACUAAAAAAAAAUAAUAAUUAAUAGCAAUCGUUAGUUUACACUAGAACAGUUAGUAAAUGUUUCCAUAUCAAUUUCUUCACAUUAACUUUUCAUUUUCCUUUUUACAUAUAUUAGCUAUACAGUUUUUUUAACAAUAUAAUAAUCAAAUACUAUACAGUCCAAGUAUAUAUGACAGUACUUGUUAAUAUUUGAAACAUGUCUGAAGUUGAAAUUUAAUCAUAGGAGCCAAUUUCGGGCUGGCAUAGUCCAAGGAGAAAAGCCAAUCAUUUUCCCCAUUCUGGAAUGGCUACUACAAAAAGUACCUGAACUACAGAAAAGAGCUUACCUAGCAAAAUUCCUAGUGAAGAUUGAUGUUCCAGCAGAAAUCAUGCAAGAUGAGGAAGUCAACAGUAUAUAUGUACAGGUAUAUUUAUUCUAGCAAUCAAAGAACCAAAAUGACAGCAUAAAAGAAAUAAUUUUUUUUUUUUGGGGAGGGGGGGGGGAGCAGGCAGGUUUUGUGUUGUGUUUGUGGGUGUGUGUGUGAGGGGGGGGUGGGGGGGGGGGGGGGGAGGUUGAUUUCACUGAUUAUUAUUUAGAAAAAAAAGUAAGAGUAAGAGAUCUUUCAAUUAUUUGUUUUUUAUAUAUUCUAUUAUAAUUGUCACUUUUUCUGACACAUCCAAUGCCCUAUGAGUUAUUCACUUAUGCUUUGUUAUUUUUUGUCUAAUUUAAGGAUAAUUUUAAUUUUUGUGAAUCUUAUUUCAUUUUUAGUAUGAGGAACUCAUGGAACAGUUUAAGGAGUUGCACAAACAAUCAGAGCAGCUGAAAAAUUCUGGGUUCAAUACUGCAGAGAUAAGAAAGGAUAUAACCAACAUGGAGGAGGAAAAAGAGCAGCUAAUAAAGAGAAUAGAGAGACUGAGGAGAAAGGUAUCAGAGUAUGAUAUGAAAAAACUAUUUUCUUCUCGCACUUUCUGUGUAAAUAAUUAAUAAUUAGUGAAUUUUAAUCUUUUGCUCAGCUGAUGAGUAAUAACAAGAGAAAACACAACACACUUUGAAACAGGAAAUUAAAUUUAUUAAUUUAAAGUAAAGGUCAAAUAGUAAUUUCUUUAUAUACUAUUUUUUCCACUUAGAUAUGAUGUAAAUUGUGUUUAUCUGAAGUAAUCACCCCUCAUAAAUAAAAUAGUUUAAUUUUUCUCCCAAAGAUGCAGUUCAUUUCAUGGAAUGAUUUUGUCUUUGUGUCGCCGCAGGUUGAGUCACAUCCCAAUUCACAAAAAAUGAUGACGGUUGCCAAGAAUCUCAGGGUGGAGCGAGACAGGGAGAAGAGGCUCGCCGCUCAGAAACAAGAGCAGUUAACUGCUGUCAGUAAUAUCAGUUUUUCUAUCAAUUGUGUCUUGUUAUUAAAAAAAAAGAAAUCUGAUCUUCAUUUCUAAUCUUAACAUAUUGUACUCUAGAAAGAUUAGAAAGCUGUAAGCUAUUUUCUUGUCAAAGUGUGUAAUAUAAUUUAUCUACAUUUAUAUUCAGUUUAACUUAAAAUGAUUAAAACAAGUUUUUUCAUCAGUAAAUUAGUUUUUUAAACGGACAGCAUCCAAUACUAUCAGAACUAUAAGGACUGCUAACAUCCAUGGACAUCCACCAUGGGAGUCAGUUGCUUUGGAUGGUACUAGCUGGAAAGGCAGAAUCUUCAGACUGUAAACGCACUGCUCAAGCCGAAAGAAAGCUUAUGGCAAGGAAAAGCAGAACUGCCACCAGUCCAUCUUGGACCCCAAGACAUGUGUGCCCAAUAUGCUGGCAACCCUUUCAUGCACAAAUCGGACCGUGCACUCUCCGUAGAAUAUAUCCUUGGUUAUCUUUGCACGCGAAGGUUGAACGACUAUACAAAAAAAAAUUAAGUGAAAUAAGCAGUUAUGUUUAGCACAUAUGAUCCUUCAUCUUUUAAAAAUUUUUAUUUAGAUCACCCACUUGGAUCAGAGAAUAAAGCGACUUGAAGCCCAGCUCCGUGACAUGAGGCAAGCAAGUAUCGGUGCAACACCCAGCUGUAAGUGCUUGAGGGUUCUGAAAUAUUGAUCUUAAAGCAGCAGAUAGAUAGCAACCUGCACAACUCUUUCAACUCUUUCUGGCAUGCAUAUCUGUUGCUUUUUGUUGUUUUUGUUUGUUUGAGACCAAAGUUAUAAAAUGUGGAAAGAGCAUUAUCAAUUUUCUUACUUGACAAAGAGAUUAAGCACGGCUUCAGCUGUUAUGAAAAGUUUGGUUGUUUUGUAUGAAUUCAUACAUUGGUCAAGAGUUAAAAUUAAAUUGAAUUCUCUUAUAAAUAUUUAUUUCCUCAGCAAUGAUUCAGAAGCUGGAAGAGGAAACGAGGACGAACGGUUUCAUCGUUAAAGAACAAUUACCCAAGGAUGUGGCCCAGAGGAAGAAAAUGAUCCAAAAUCUUCAGAAAGUUGUUUCUGUUCCAGCCAUGGGUCACUCUGACCUGGAUGAGCUGAAUGUCAAGGUCAUUAUCAAUUUUGUGGUUUUCAGUUCGAGAAAAUUAAACAACCCCCUGAAUACUCUUUUAAGAUCUCCUACACUUUGACCUGGUGAUUGCAAUAUGCCCCUUGAGAUUGUUGUAUGCCUCUGGAUAUUAUUAUUUUUCUCUCUCGGCUAACCUUGUUGUGACAUCCUUGUGAAAGAUAACAUUAUGAUCCUGAUGGGAAGAUGAAAGGUAAACUGUCAAAUUGGUUUCCACCCAUACUUUAAUGAUGCUCUAAUCACGUGACAUAGUCAGGGCCACUUUCCCUGUAAACACUAGUCGACCGACACUUCGGUAUAUAACCUAAGGUUGGGAAAUGUUUCACUUUUGUAGAGAUGAAGUAUCUGCUGCCCAUCUAUGUUAACCCUUUUUGGGUGUGUGUGUGUAGUUGUUAUUCUUGAGCCAACAGUUUGUGUUAAUGUAACCAACCUUAAGUACCAGAUUAAUGUCCUCUAUGCUUAGGAGUUAAUGAUAAUAUUUUGGUGAAUUCAUACGUCAUGAGGUUUUAGGAAUUGACGCCUGUUUGAGCUUAACAUUGUUGAUUAUUUAUAUGAGUGUGACUUUAUUUUCCUCAUCUUCCUAACUCUUAUGAAGGGUUAUUUUUUAUGCAGGCUGUUGUGAAACCACAUAAUCCACUGAAUGCAGGAAUGCUUUGGACAUUUUAGGCAUUGUUCCCUCACUCUUAAUUCUAGUGUGUAAAUAAUUUGUUUGUUCUUGAACCCUUGAGUUUGUAUGCCCAUUUAAGACACAGGCUUUGUUGUCAAUUCUUUAGGAGAUGCGCAUGGAGUUGGAUUUAAAAAGCGUAACGCCAUUUUCUUAUUACGCGUGAGGUUAUGCCCCUAAGGUUUAUUUAGCCCAACACCCCUAGACAGACGAAGCCAUACUUAGUAGUAAGGUUGAAAUGUGAAUGGGCACGUAACAACUGAAAAGGAACCACCGUGACAAGAGAGUUGUUCGUUAUCAAGGCAAAACUUAGCUACUUGUAUUGACAAUGAAGACAAUGUAGAGAUAAUCUUUAAUUAACAGAAACAAAACAUUGAAGUUGGUGCAUUGAUUUAAAAAUAUCAUUUCAAUGUUCCAACAGCAUUUGUCAUUUUAUUACGGGAGUGUAAAAAAAAACCAACAAAACAAAAACAACAACCAAAAAAACAACCCUGGAUGAUAAACUAAUUCUAAUAAAUCUGAGUGAAUAGUUUGUUAAAAGUUUCUAGUUUGGAAAUAUUUGCAUGACAGUUUGCGAUUGACGUUUUUCCUUCUUUUUCAUCCCAAUCAAAUGUGUCAAGAUUACUGAGCUGAAUGCUGAAGUCAACCAGCUGAUUGAGAAGAGGAUGAGAAGUGGUGAACCAGCUGAUGAUAAGCUGUCACUCUUUAGGCAGCAGGUAAUUGUUGGCUACAUCACCACACUAGUGCAGAGAGGGACUUCUUCCAUUCCCCAUUCAUAACUUGAUAAAUAUUUAAGUUAUAGUAAAAAUGGAAUCAUUAGUCCCACAUGGUGAAAACGAUAUCAUUAGUCCCACUUAGUAAGAUUUAUAUCAUUAGUCCCACAAAGGGAGAAUGGUUUGAUAAGUCUCACAUCAUGAGAAUAUUAUCAUUAGUCCCACAUAGUGAGAAUGUUGUCAUUAGUCCCACACAGUGAGAAUAUCAGAGAGACAAAUUCAAUAGAUUAAACCAAGCUUUUUUUAAAAAAGUACCAGUCAAAAACAUUACUUGUGCAUAAAAUACAACUGACAGUGGUAAUCAGAUUGAAUGCCAGAGUCACUAGGCAGGCGAAUUUUGUAAUCCAAAAAGCCAUUAAAGGAGAUCCAACAUUAAAAUUGCUAGGUCCAUUAUGUAUUUCUACAACUUUGUGUAAAAGGACAUGGACCAUAAUUUUAGUUCUAAAAGAAUAUAUUUCUAACUUGGUUGUGUUUUUUAUUAUUUACUUUUCCCUUAAUACUGUAUUCAGCAAUAAAUGAAACAUCUGACUAUAUCUCCAAAGUACUUUGUCAUUUGUCUAGGCUGGUAUCAUAGCCCACAAGAAGCAAGGAGCAGCAGAAACCUUGAGAGCCAUAAGGGAUGAGUUUAACCACGUUCAACGGGAGCUGGACCAGAAAAGGGAGGUGGUCAACACUGCUGAGGGAGCAGAGGUUCUCAAAGGGGAGGAUGUGAGUUUAAGAAUUAUUGUAUCCCUUAUUCAAAGCUGACCUUUUGUAAUGAUCUGUCUAAGUUGACCCUUUUAAAUGAUGUGUCAAAGUUGACCAUUGGUAUCAUUCUGUCUAAGCAAGACCUUUUGUUUCAAUCUGUCAAAGUUGACCCCAUUGUAAAAAGAAAAGAGUCCUGCUCAAAUAAGUUUACACUUUUUCAACUGAGAUAAGAUUUCAAUCCAAGUUAUUAUUCAAUUCACAUUAUGUUUGAAGCAAGCGACGAGUUGUAUGAGACAAACAUAUUUAUUUUAAACCGAUCAAUCUUAUGAGGCAAAGUUUAAACUGACCAGAGGAAUGCAAGAACAUAAUAAAACUUCUGAUUAUUUGCAGCAGAACUUCACUAAUUUUUUUCCUUAUGUUGGAAUAUUAAAAUUGGUGUAUAUUUACUAUCUUAUUUACUCUACCAAACAAAAAAUGGGAAAAAGUUGUUUGGAGGACUUCCCCAUAAUGGAGGAAAAUAGAAGUUUAAUGAAAUAACUAUUUUUAGAUCCUUGGAAGUUUAUUAAUUAAAUUAUUUAUUUAUUUUCACUUGCACAGGUCACUGAAUUGUUUAUUCUUAAAUUUUCGAAGUGUUUACUUUUUGAAAUGGGGUUUGUCUAUAGAUAUAAUGUAUGAUUCUGAAAUAAGUAAAAAAAAAUGUAUUUUAAAAAAUUAAUUUUGUGCACAGUUCAAGCGAUAUGUUAACAAGCUGCGAAGCAAGAGUACAGUGUACAAAAAGAAACGUGCUGAGCUGGCAGAGCUGAGGGCAGAAGCUGGUGUCCUGACACGUACAGAUGAAAUCCUAAAACAACGUAAUGAGCUCAUCAACAGGCAGCUGGUAUGUGUGUGUGCAGCUAUUUCGUUACGUCUGAGAGUAAAUGUUAUCCAGUAACAGAAAGCAUUAGAUUAUGAAAAUGAUAAGAGGGGUUCAAAGAAGGCGGUCCAGAUGGUUUUUAUCUAUCUCUGGCACGGUAGGUGGUGAAUUUACAUUGGUUUGACACGCAACAUUUAUGUACUAUAAAUUUAAUUAUGAAUAGAUAUAAAAUUAUGAUUGACCCAGUGCCAUAAAAACCACUCAAGAAAUCACUGAAUGUUACUGUCUUGUGCUGUACCCUCCAGUCUGUUGUAGAGAGAAAGAAAGGUGUUGCAGGUUACAGAGAGACACAAGAGGAACUGGAGAAGGUGUCCAGCAAGAAGAGCGAGCUGGAUGAGAUGAAAGGUCGCACCCUGGAUGACAUGUCUGAUAUGGUCAAACGCCUCCAUAAUGAGAUAGCCGACCGCAGGAAUACCCUGGCACCAAUCCUACGGGAGAUACGACCGCUCAGAGAAAAAGUUCGAGUAAGUCUAAUGUGAAGAAAUGAAGUUUACAUUUUUGUUUUUACUUUUGAGGGAAUUUUCAUUUGAAAUUCGAUUGUGAUCCCUAAAGUUUAACUUUAAAUGAAGUUGUGCCUAUUAAAGACAUUAUGGUUUUAUUUUGGUUGGAUUGAGAUAUGUUCUGGCAUAAAUUAAGAGUGCCCUUUUUUGUCUAUAUUAGUGGUUCUUAACCUUUUUGGAGGUACUGAACCCCACCAUUUUCAUUUGCGCAUUCACCGAACCCUUCUUAAUAGGAAAAAUAAAAUAUGAUUUUUUUCUGUUUUUUUUUUUUUGUUUUUUUUUUGGACCUCCCCGAACCCCUGAGACUGACUCACCGAACCCAGGUUAAGAACCACUGGUCUAUAUAGUCCCAGUCCUUUUAUAAAAUUAAAAAAAAUUAUUAUUCAUGAGUUAGUGACAUUUUGAAGAUAAAUGAUCACAAAACACCUCUGUUGAAAUGAUAUUAAUUCCCCCUAGUCUGAAUAGUAGAUUUGAAGACACAAUAGUUAACAAUUUAUUGUAAAUGGUUUAUUUUACAAAAGUAAACUUUUUAUCCACGGUUAAGCUCCUGGCUCUACUCAAAUCCCCUAAUAUUUCAGUUUUAGCUUAUAUCCAGUUUCUACUCAAUUUCUCUUAUAUUUAAUUUUUGUUUAUAUCCAGGAGCUGGGUCCUGAUUACGACAGCAAGAAACAGUUGUACGAGAGACAGCAGGCAGGUUUUGACAGCAACAUGAGCAAACUAGAUCAAGAGGUCAGAGGUUACAAGGAGGAGUGCAGAGCUGAGGAGUCUAGAUAUCAUUAUCUUAACUGUAUGAUGAAGGUAGGACCUGGUAUCAUUACCUUAACUGUAUGAUGAAGGUAGGACAUGGUAUCAUUACCUUAACUGUAUAAUGAAGGUAGGACAUGGUAUCAUUAUCUUAACUGUAUGAUGAAGGUAGGACAUGGUAUCAUUACCUUAACUGUAUAAUGAAGGUAGGACAUGGUAUCAUUAUCUUAACUGUAUGAUGAAGGUAGGACAUGGUAGCAUUACCUUAACUGUAUGAUAAAGGUAAGACAUGGUAUCAUUAUCUUAACUGUAUUAUGAAGGUAGGACCUGGUGCUUGUUGGUGACUUUGUUUUGAAUAUCGGAAGAAUGUGUGGACCUUAUAACAAUAUGGUAUCAAUGUGGUGUAGGUAUGGGGCAGUGUGGGUUAGAUAUGUGGUGAGAAUGUGUGUGGUGAUGGGGAGUGGAGAAGAUUAUUUCGUUACUUUUAAUUGUGCCAUGUUCAAGUCUGAUUUCCCAUUUCUAAAAUUAGAUUCUCCAAGUUCAACAAGCCAGAGUGAAUGCAGAGAUGAAAUCCUAUGUCUCGUCUGACACACAAGAUAAAAAGAAAACAUUCAGGUAAUCCAGGUGGGGGGGGGGUGUUUGGUUGGGUUAUGAGCAGGUCAUCAGAGAUUUUUAUCAUUUUCUCCAAGUACAUUCCAUCCAUCCCUGUGGCCCUACAGCCCAUGUUCCAAGUUCAACAAGCCAGAGUGAAUGCAGAGAUGAAAUCCUAUGUCUCGUCUGACACACAAGAUAAAAAGAAAACAUUCAGGUAAUCCAGGUGGGGGGGGGGGGUGUUUGGUUGGGUUAUGAGCAGGUCAUCAGAGAUUUUUAUCAUUUUCUCCAAGUACAUUCCAUCCAUCCCUGUGGCCCUACAGCCCAUGUAAGGCUUUGGCCUGCCUCACCACUUCCUUCCACUCAGACCCAACUAAUGCUUUUCUUUUCCUUGCUUGGAUUCCCAGUUGUUGUAGAUCUUUUUCCACAUCAUCCAUCCCUGAAAGCCUAGUUCUACCUUUGAGCCGUUUUCCUCUGGGGUUUUGGCAUUCUGUCAUUCUCUCUAAGUGUACUGCCCAGCGUAGCCUACCCCUUUUUUUUAUUUCUGCUACUAUUGUGGAACCUUGAUAUAGACUGUACAAUGCAUGGUUGGUUCAUAUUCUGCAUCCAUAUUCAUCCUGUGUUGGUCCAUAUAUUUUCCUGAAGAACUUUUCUCCCUCAUGUGUUUGAUAUGUUUUCUGCCAUUUUUUUUAGGGUCCACAUUUCACUUCCAUAUGUUUCAACUGGUCUGAUUACAGUUUUAUAAAUAGUUUUCUUUGUUUCUCUUGUAAUGUUAAUACUUUUGAGUAUUUUCUGAUUAAUGAUGUGUGCCCUGUUUCUAGCUGAUAUUCUUUCUUUUAUUUCUGUUAGUAAUUAGUUUUUUUCAUUUAAUAAAGAUCUUAGGUACCCAGUAUUUGAAUUGAUUUAAUUUUUCAAAAGUCUGGUUUCUAAUUUUAAUGGCUUCAUCAGUCUGUUCUUCUCUUAUCAUAGUCAUGUAAUUUUGUUUUUUAACUUCCAGCCCUGUUUGUAGUGAUGCGUCUUCUAAUUAAAGAAAGGAUUUUGAUAUGUUUUUAAUAGUUUACUUAGCAGUGCUAUGUCAUCAGUUUUUGCAAGAUGCUGAAGGGGUUUAUUGUAGAUAGUGCCUAUUGGUUCUGGGUCUUGGGUCUCCCUCAGAUGGUAUGCUGUUAUUGUUCCUCGGGUGUCAAUUUGUAUGCUUCUUAUAACUCUCUCAUAUGUUAGGUUAUCCAAGUAUAUUGUAUAACAAUAUUUUAUUGUAGAUUCCAGAUUUCCUAGUCUGGCUUACACUCUACAAGAAUGGAAUACGUUGCCAGGAGUUUUAAAUAUUAACAAAUACCAGCAUUUACCUUAAUUAUUUAUUUGAUUUAUUUUUUCUUGAAAUAAUAUAAAUUAUAUAAAAAUGUAAUUUCAGAUGUUUUAUUUUCUGAAAUUUAAGCACUGCUCAUGGAAUAUGGUUUUUGUGUGUGCGAAUAUUCAGCUAAUGUUUUCCUUAAUUUAUGACCAGAAACUUCUUUUUUUUUUUCAUAAUUACAACACAGGGUUAGGGUUAGGUUGACUUUUCAAAUUGUCUGUGCCUGAGAGUGAGCGCUCAGCUCAAUGUUUCUGAAAUGUUGUGACCCAUACCCAUUCUCAGGUCAAUUUCUAUGAGUAUAACUCAAAGCUAACAUUUGCACGGUUCACUAUUACCCUGUUGUUAAACUAAUAAAUAUCCACAAAAAACCUGCGAGUUUAGUGAAUAUCUAAAUUCAAUAUUUAACACACACAAAAUUUUGAGAACCACUUUUCCCCAGGUUAUUUCUUCAAUUUAAAAAAUUUAACCCAUAAUUUUACAGGGAGACCUACUCCAAGAAAAUUCAAGAACAAGAAAAUAUGAGCAGAGGUUUACGUGAACGUCAAAAGAUGGUGAAAGACAACCAUGAACCGAACAUGAAGCAAAUGAAGAUGUGGAAGGAUCUAGAGAGGCUGCUGGAAUGCAAGAAACAAUGCCUGGACCAGGUAGGUGUCGCUUCAAUGGUUCUCAAAACUUUUUCCGCCUUGAGCGGCUGAAACAGUUAUGUUUCAUAGGCUACUGAAAGAGAUACUAGAAAUUUUAAUAUUAAUGGGGCUUAAAUAAAUAUUUAUGAAGUACUGUAAAAGUUUAGAAUGUUCCACUUCUUAAUACUGUUUAUGUUUCAAGCUUGAGAUGUAAAAAAUGAAAGUAUAAAGAGUCUCGUUCAUGUAAGAUAGUGUAAUAUUGAAUUAACUGGAGCUCCACAGUUACACUGCUUUAGAAUGUGACAUAAUGAGGGGGGGUUGGAUGGGUGUGUCCCUGUUGGAUCAUGUGAUAUCAUGGUUUGGAUGGGUGUGUCCCUGUUGGAUCAUGUGAUGUCAUGGUUUGGAUGGGUGUGUCCAUGUUUGAUCAACUAAUAUCAUGGUUUGGAUGGGUGUGUCCCUGUUGGAUCAUGUGAUGUUAUGGUUUGGAUGGGUGUGUCCCUGUUGGAUCAUGUGAUGUUAUGGUUUGGAUGGGUGUGUCCCUGUUGGAUCAUGUGAUGUUAUGGUUUGGAUGCUUGUGUCCCUGUUGGAUCAUGUCAUUUCAUGUUUUGGAUGGGUGUGUCCCUGUUGGAUCAUGUGAUGUUAUGGUUUGGAUGGGUGUGUCCCUGUUGGAUCAUGUGAUGUCAUGGUUUGGAUGGGUGUGUCCCUGUUGGAUCAUGUGAUAUCAUGGUUUGGAUGGGUGUGUCCCUGUUGGAUCAUGUGAUGUUAUGGUUUGGAUGGGUGUGUCCCUGUUGGAUCAUAUGAUGUCAUGGUGUGGAUAGGUGUGUCCAUCUUGGGUCAUGUCAUAUCAUGGUUUGGAUCAGAUUUAACCUGAAGAGUUAUUAUAUUUUUGACAUUUUUAAUGUAGGCAGCUAGUGCUCAAUUUCUUCAGUUUUGAGUAUUUCAAAAAAUUUAUGUUUUAUCAUUUUCUGGCGAAUGGAUCUCAAAAUGUGUAAAAAAAAAAAAUUAGUUACUUUAAAUAAUCUCCUCCAAGUCAACUCUGAAACCAAAUCCAGAUUUCCUCCCAGAGGGUAAUACAGUUAUUAAAAUUAACUUCACCCACGGGGACUUUAGCAAAGAGGGCUUCAUUUGUAUUAAUCGCAGUGUGAUCUGUCCCAUUGUUUCACUGAAGAUGUCACAUAAUAUGUGAUCUGUUACAUUGUUACCACUACUGUUCAGAUUUUCUCAUUCUCUAUAGUUUGCUUGUUGUUUUGUCCAGCCAAAAAAGUUCAUUGGAUUGUCCUGUUGUUGUUUUUUUUCCCUUUCAAGCCGUCAUUUAACUUGUUCCACCAUUUUCUCCCUAAAAUAUUAUUUCAUACAUGGGAUCAGUCUUUGUGUGAACAUAAACCCACACGACCAGUCAACUAUAAUUUUCUUUAAUAGUUAGAUGUAGGAUUUAGAAACAAGCCGUAUUUCUAAGCAUUUAACAUAUAAAAAAUUAAUAAUUUAAAAAAACAACAACAAAAAAAUGGUAUGACUUUUAAAAAAUGUUAGGAUAUUUAAUAUAUUAAACGGUUGGCUGUUUGGCCAGUCUUCAUUUUAUCACAGACUUAUUUAAUGUAUAUAUAUAUACAUAUAUAUAUAUAUGCAGUAUGCACCAAAAGGGACGGUAUUGAAACUACCGGACCUUGAUCGCGUUCAUGCUUUGUUCCAGCUACCACAUGUUCCCAGGGAAAAGGAAGGAACGAUGUGUUGGGUAGUUGUUGUAGAAACUUGAUCACUCCACGGAGGAAAUAGUAUUCAUGGGUGACUACUAUUUUCUUUCAAACAUAAGUGGUCCUUAAAAGGGAGCCAAGUUUGAAAAAGGGUUGCAGAAGAAUUCUGGCAGAGACUCAAAAAGGAAGUCACUAAAGUAGCCCGGUUGUGCCGUCUAAUGGUAAGAGAUUUGCAUCCACACAUUCUUAUGCUAAUCUGGAUGCCCUAUAUAACAUGGCAAAAAAUGCUCCACAAUACAUCAGCCUCACUUGCACAUCAUGCCAAAAAUGCUCAUCACAGAAUUGCUGAUGUUAAGUUUUAAGGUUUUUUCAUGAUAGACUUUGUAAGGUGCAAGCAGCACCUGUUGGAGACUACGAUCAGGAUUCUCAUUCUCCUAAACAACCCACCCUUCACAACUUAUGACGUACAAUCAAAAAUAGUGAUCAACAAUGAAUACUCAUUCCUCCGUGGAAAGACUCAUUUCCAGCAACAACUACCCAACACAUUUUCCCUUCCACUACUGCGAACAUGUGGCAGCUGGAGCUAUGAACUGUUGAAAAACCCACAUACAUAUUCAAGAUGCGGGAGUUUCAGUGCUUCUAGUUUUUGCACAUACUGUAUUUUCAACCCGUUUGUUUGUUAGUUUAACCAUCUGGAUAUUCCCCAUGAGACGAGCCUGUUCUGAGGUGACGACAUGCUUGUGUUGUGUUGUCAUGUUUCUACAUCAACGGGUGGAGCAGAUGGAGGGUCAGCAGUUAUCACGAGAGAUUUUUCUUCCUCACUGGGUCUUCUGUUGGCCAUAACCUCUGUUAUCACGUACCCUACGAGUCCUAGAGCAUACAAACCUAAGGCCAGAUACAGUCUGUGGUAUAGGCAAGCAAACGAGGACACGGCCAGAGAUAUGGAAAACGACAGGCAUUUGAUCAUGUAGUACACAACAAAAGCUGGUGGGAGAUUCUCUCUGAACACAAUGGAGACGAUUGAGUUGAACUGUGGCUGGGAUAUGCCCUCGGACACCCCUUCGGCAACAGCCAUGGAGAAGAUUAUAAUGGUCGACACUUGACCGUGGCCCGGGGUCCACAGCAGCAUCGUCACAAGUAGGCCGGAGUCCACCACGAUGAAUGUGAUCAUGAGCACCACUCUGCCCAGGUAACGGGCUAGGUAGUUGGCCACUGUGGCAAACAUGGCGGUGGAUGCACCGUACGCCAUCAUGACAAACCCAACCCACUCCACACCCAUGCUGCAGCUGACAAAGGCUUGGGUGAAACCUGGAAGAAAUUUUUUAAAAUAUGUUUAUUUUAAAGUCCUGAUAUAUUAUUGCCAAUUUUAUUAAAUGCUUACCCUGAAUUAAUAUAAUGGCAUUCAUGCAAGGAAAGAAAUGCCUGAGAUGCAGAUCCAAAGAUGAAAAUAUUGGAGGCCAGAGGUUUAAUUAGUUUCUUGUUUAAGACAUUGCUCACAUUCUGGACAAUGUUGAAGAAAUAUUCAGAAAAAUUGAUUUUUGGUAUAUUAUUUGUCAUAUUAUUUGUCAGAAUAUUUAUAUUGACCAUAGAAAGCAACUCCUGCAUCAUGUUAUUGACCAGAGGCAGACGCAGCUCAAAACUAGGACUCACACACGUGCAGUUAUAGCCAGACGUCUCAUUCAUCUUGAUUACAACCACUGUUAUUAUAACUACCCUAAUCCCAACUACUGUGAUUAUAACCAGCCUGAUUACAACUACUGUUUUUAGAACCACCCUUAUUAUAACGGCCCUGAUUAUAACCACAUAUGUUAAAAACAUUCUCAUAACCAUCCUGAUUACAACCCUCCUGAUUACACCCAUCCUGAUUAUGACAACCACUGAUUACCACCAUCCUGACCGUACCUACCUGUGUACAUGAUCAUGACCAUCAUGCCCUGGGCCAUGAUGACAGGAGCCAGCAGUGCACACCUGACUUGAGCCAGUGUCCUGAAACAGCUGCCGAUCUCAUGGCACAAAGACGACUUUUCUUGAGGCAGCUUCAACUGGGGCAGCAGGGUCAAAGUCAGCAGGAACCCCAGCAACACACAUCCGAGGAAAAUGCCGAACAACAGGUACAAGGUAUCUUGGCUAGGAUGUGAUAUCUCAGAGGAGGAGCCGUUUGUGGAAGUUCCUGAGCACAGUUGGGCCCCACAGACUUUGUCGCUUGCUGUGGCGUUGGCAGUGGGCUGUGAGGAAAAUAUGAACAGCACCAGGGAUGAGAAGAGAUUCCCUGUGAUCUGGGUGGACUCGAAGAAAGUGAAGAACACUCCGAAAAUUAUGCUGAGUAUGACGUGUCGUCUGUCUGGGGUGAGUUUGUUCUUGACAAUAUAGCUGUCACUGAUGGUGACAAGGUAGAGGCUUCCUAUGGCGCCCGUGCAGGCGGAGCAAGCGCCGACCAGCAGCGACGUGGGAAUCAAGGUGUAGAAGUUGGGGUAGAAGUUGGCCCCGAUGAACAGCCCUAUGCAGACCCAUUGGAUUAAAAGGAUUGUCUUGGAGCCUACUUGUCUAAUGAUGCUGGUGGCCAGCGGGGCUAUAAAAUUAAUAGAAACUUUGAUUUGGUGGGGUAAAAAUUGUUAUAUGUUGUUGUGAACAUUCUAAAUGAUGUUGCGGAGGAAAGAGAUAGUGGACCAAGGUAUGUGGAAGCUUGAAUCGAAAGACAGGACAAUAAGAUGAGAAUGUUUCUGCUGUGAGCCUUCUCAGCAGACAGUACAAAUGAAAAAAUGUCAAGAAAUGGCAUUUGUUCAGCUAUUUCCUUCACACAGCUUGAACACAAUCCUUCAUUUAUCCUUCUUUAUUUGCAAAGGAAAGACCUAUGUUGUUGUUUUUUUCCAUGACAGAGAUCUUAUAAAAAUAAAUUCUAGGUCAGUACUUCCUGCCAACUGUUAUACUUACAAAAUAAGAACACUAAGAUGUAGAGUAUGUAGAGUUGUAGUCUGGGGACAGUGCGGUGUUGUACAUACAAAAUAAGACCAUCAUGAUGUAGAGGAUGUAGAGUUGUAGUCUGGGGACAGUGCGGUGUUGUACUUACAAAAUAAGACCAUCAUGAUGUAGAGGAUGUAGAGUCGUAGUCUGGGGACAGUGCGGUUUUGUACUUACAAAAUAAGACCAUCAUGAUGUAGACUGAGGCCAGUGUGAUGACCCCGAGUCCACCCUUGUCAUUGAUGCUGCUCUGGAUGUUCUGGAUGCCGUUGUAGGAGGUGUAGAUGAGCAGGUAGGACAAAGACAGAACCAGGAGGGUCCUCACUGGUGGGAGCAGGACCUCUGGUACCUGGGUAGGCACUGCCGGGCCUGCUGUUCAUAAAAGAAGAUAUGUGUUAUUUGCACACUUGUGUCACGGGAGAUGAAGAAAUUUUACAAUCACUCUAAGAAAAGGAAAAGCAAAAUCGGCACUUGGAGAUGGCAUUGUUCUUGGAGAUGGCAUUGUCGUGUUGAUACAAAGUAACAAUGAUUACGGAUUAUGUUUGGGACAAUAAAAUCAACGAUGCUUGCAAAAUUUUGCACUAAAAUUUUUUUUUACUUUUGGUUUUCCACAAAUUCUGGAAAUGCAUUGCUGCCGUUAAAAAAAAAUGUAUCUAUAAUUUUCAUUAAUUUUUUUAGAGAGGAGAAAAGUGGCGGGGGGGGGGGGGGGGGGAUGUCUUGUGACACCUGUGUAUUUUUGUCUGUAUCAUAACAAAAAAAAAAAAAAUGGGGGGGGGGGGGGGGGGGGAGGGGGAUGUCUUGUGACACCUGUGUAGUUUUGUCUGCAUCAUAACCAAAAAAAAAAAAAAGGAGUGGGUUGGAUUGGGGCUGGUACCAUCCCAUAGCAUGCGAAACUGCUUGGGUGGACUGGACUCGUCAGCCCAGUAAGGCAGCUAUUUUCAAGGAUGAGAGCAAUCCUGUGUUAAAAAAAAAAUAUGAAAAAAAAGAUUCAACCAUCACAUUCAGUGUAAUGAAAUGGCUAACAUUUACCUAAAGGGUCGUCAACCCUGUGUAGCAUAUCUUCUCUCUUGUAUGACGUAUCAUCCACAUCUGAGCCCCGCCUCCCUGGGUUGAUGCUUCCGUAUGUGUGGACUCCAUUUGUGGCAACCUUUGCAUAUCCUUCAUGCUCCAUUUUAAGUUGACCCGCGGCCUCUUGAGACUCACCGAUCUCAUCGGCCAUGGUAUCGCGGGAUUGGUCUCGGCUAAAACGAUCGUUUAUUGUGUUUGCUCCUGCUAGUCUCUUGGAUUUUUCGGUUUUAUUAAUAUUUUGUGUUCUUUGUGCAUCAUCGUACAACAAGGUUUACAUUUCUGUCAAAUAAAAAUUUUUAAUGGAUUUUAGAACAAAUAAUUAAACACAUUUGAUAGUAACUAAUCAUGCAGUGACAUAUCGGUACUCAAAAAAAAACAAAAAACCACACACAAAAAAAUUAGGGUGAAAUGAAACUGACUAUAAUAUAUAUAAAAAUCUAAUGUAUAGUUGUUUGUGUGUUUGUGGCUUUGUGGUUCGAUAAAGAAAAACAAAUUAAUACAAAUUCAGCCUUUUCACAGAUUGAUAACAAAUGUUAAAUAAAAAUUAUUCUUAAAUUAAGCUAUCAAUUGGCUAAAUGUUGUUGUAAUUUAAAUUAUUUUGACUAUUUUUAUUUCAAAGUGUUAACUAUCAUAAUUGUUACAUUUGUGACACUUUUGGAUUGUUUUCGUUUAAAAAGUCACAUUUCUUUUUUGGCUUUUGAAACAUUGUUCCUUAUAUUGUUUUUAUUAAAAAUUUGUAACCAUGAUUCCUUUAUGUCUUACUACAGUACGAGUAUGUCAUUUUUUCUCCUGGGCAUCACCUGGUGUAUCUCCUAGUGUGCAAUAAAUUAUAUAUAUAAGAAUUAGCUAAGGUAUCCAUAUAAUGCUAAAAAACAAAUCAAUUUUAAUAUGCUCGGGUGCUUAAAAUCAAUAUUAGGCGUUUUCUAUUUUUGUACGUAAAUCAAAUAACUUUAUAUACAUUAAAAAUAAAUAUGUACUGUGCAUAUUUCAUGAUAAAACAUUAAAAAUGGGAAAGAACUACGGUGUGAAAACAGUAUCUGGAAACCCAAAUAUUUUACAGACCUGGAAAUUUAAUAUUAUAAAAAAACGAAAACGAAUUUUGGCUACCGAAAUAUACAGCUGGGGGGGGGGGGUCCGUCAUGAACAAAGAAAGGGUUACGAUUUUCUUUAAAAAUAAGAAAGUAUGUGUUUCUUUUCCUUUUUGUACAACACGCAGUUCAGGGGCAUGGGGAAAUUUCUAUGAGAUAAAGAAUAAUUCUAAAAGAUUUGAACACUGAAUAAGAGAUUUGUCUUGAACUAUAAGAAGUCCGUUUUAACGAUUUUCCGAUAAUAUAGUUCAGGAGCGAAGCAGAGACUGGACACAUUUUUAAAGACUACACCAAUAUAUCAAGACCGUUAUUGCUACGGGUAUUUGAAAUCGUACAUAUAUUUUUUAAAGUUCAGGACACGUUUUUAAAAAAAAAAUACAAUUUUUAGGAAAUUUGUUUUCUUUGAUGUUCAGGGCUCAGAGGCCUGGCCUAUAGUAUUAACAAGAAAACAAUUCUCAAAACCCUAUUCAUCAUGUGGGAAAUGAAGAUACCGGUACUUAUGCAUAGAUGCCUAAUUACCCAUUUCCUAAAUAUGCAAUGCCAGGGCACUGAGAUUUGUCGUAAAAAUUAUUUUUAAAAGUUUUAAAAAUUUCUGAAAAGAUACCAUACAUUAGAACUCAGUACAUUUGUAAAAAUUGGAUUUUAAAUGUUGGGACUUUUUAAGAACAGGUGGAAAGUAGUGCAAUCUGCACUAUUCAUUAUUAUCCAGGUAACACCGGGUCAUAUAUUCUAGUAAUAUAUAAUAUUUAGGGGACUGCGUUCAAGCCGUGUGAAGUAAAUAAAUAGUUUAACAAGAAACUGAGAUCUUCAAAACCACACGUUUUAUCUGCUGUUUAAUGAUGGCAGUCUCUGCUGGAGAGGGAAUCUAGCCGAAACAUCCUUUCAAUGGUCAUGCACUAAAUUAACCGACGUAAAUUUUCUUUACCGAAAUCUUACACAUACGUUACAGUAAAAAACAAAACAACAACUGAAAAACUAGACCCAUGAAAGAAUCGUCACAAAACUUUCCGUAGAUGCUAACAGCGUACUGAUACCAGCGUAAUUUGACCGUACCGUAAAGCAGCCAUGCUUCAGCGGAACACGAUUCACCCCAAAAUGACCAACGUUCCAGAUAGAAAAUAUGCAAUGUCUCUCGAACAAUUCAAAUUUUCGAUCGAACUGAAUUCAUUGCGUUAACAAUCCAAGUACAAAUUCACCUCUUGCGCUAGUACUUGAAUGGGUGGAUAAAAAAAAAAAAAACAAAGAAAAAAAAAGAAAAGAAUGAUUGAUAUACAAAGGAAUGUCUUUAUCACCAUGUCCGUACUAACAGCCAGUUAUGAGACUUGCUGGUCUGUCCGCGUGGUUCUUUAAACCGUGCUAUAAAAUAGGUCAUCUUUAGGGCCUGGAGAGCCAAUCUGCAUGAAUCGUAUUUUUAUAGAUGAUAUUGGGGGGUACCCGGGGGGUGGGGAAGGGGGGAGGUAAUUCUCUAUUUCUAGUCUUGCUUUUGACCCCAACGUCUUUCCCGAAAAGACAGACACCCGACAAAGAUCAGAGGCGUUGUUUAUAGAAAUUUGAGACCCCCUCAACUAAUUGGUUGAUUGCACUUGGAUAAAAGUGUAAUUUGUCCAACAUUUGACAGAUAACAUUCGGACGAGAUGCGAGUUGAUACGUCUGCAUGUGGGUCAUCGCCUUUCUUUGCCAGAGAAGAUGUUGUAGAUUAUUCAUCUAGUCGUGAGGUGAAACGAGAGACGAGAUCCCUUCCAACCAUAUGAAUCCUUCAAUGACGGAAGAGAGCGAGUGCACACCCUGUGCACGGUCCAUUCACUGUACACGCUAUAUACUCCCAAAUAGACUAUACACGUAAAUUUCGUAACCUCUAUACUCUCGUAGAUGUGCAUUAUCUACACGCUCUUUGCACGACGUGUACCCUCGCUAAACCGGGUUGGAUUUACCCCCCCCACCCCCCCGUAAACCUGGUCUAAAAGUGCUCGCGUCCUGACUCCGACUUCAGUGACCUCUCCUGCCCCCGACUUCAGUGACCUCUCCUGCCCCCGACUUCAGUGACCUCUCCUGCCCCCGACUUCAGUGACCUCUCCUGCUCCCGACUUCAGUGACCUCUCCUGCCAUCGACUUCAGGGACCUCUCCUGCCAUCGACUUCAGGGACCUCUCCUGCCCGUGGUUUUUUGUAGCGGGCGCAAGCUGACGUCAUGCUUGUGGACUCUGACGAAAAGUCUUGUGCUCCCGGAUAAGAAUCACGCUUGCUUCUACCAUCCAGCUACGAAGUCCCGCUAACAAUCACAGGCCCACGGUGCGACCCAGUGACCGGGGGUGGGCUCAAACCUUAGCCAUCCUUUGAGCAGUCAUCGGAUUCGGGCCAAUUAAAAAAAAAAAGUACUCAGUCGCCUGCAUGGGGAGCAGCCUCUGGGAUCAGCCCCGUUCCACGCGCCGCCAGCUACGCCCCUGAUGGUACCGCAACUGGUCGUCCGUAGGGCGUGGUGGUGGUGGUGUCUGGCCAGUAGUAACAAGGUUUGAAGGCAAGGCCAGACGACUCACACUGUGUUUGGGAGGGGUCUGUGGUGGGGGUGGUUGUUUUCUUCUUUCUUUUAUUUGCAUACGUCAUGUACUAGAAGCGUUGUAAAGAACGAACGUAAAAAAAUAAAACAACUUCCCUGAUGCUUAAGGAAAUAAUUGCAAUUCUCCUACACUGACGUUCACUAGGCUUGGGUUAUCUUUUUGGCCUACAUUAAAUAAACGUCAAUAAUCGAGGUCAGUCAGCAAGUAAGCACCGAUGAGAACGGCAUACAAUAAACUAACGCUACACCUAAGCUUUAGCAUCAUAUGAUGUAUGUUGUUAUAUACUUGACUGGGACAUAGUUUAGCCACGGAUGUUUAAAUUGUUUUUUUUAAGCUCCGUAGUUUUAACACAAAUAUAUUAUAACUAGCCUCGGCCCGCCAAACAAUGGGCGCGCCAAACAAUGGCCGCGGCAACGCGUGAGCUCCCCAUCUGCUAAAGUGACUUGACAGAACAUGCAUUCAGGUAAAGCACUUUAUAAGAUUCCCAAUUGGUGCCAACCCACCCACACACCUUUUACGCCACUGCUGCCCCUGAACUAUAUUAAUAUUCUAAUGUCCCACCCCCUUUUUACACCGCAGAUUUAUUGCACACAUCCAUUCCUGUGGCGCUGCAGCCCAUGUAGGUCUUUGGCCUGUCUCACUCACUUCCUUCCACUCAGACCUAACUGAUGCUGCUUUUCUUUUCCGUGCUUGGAUUCCCAGCUGCCGUAUCUAGAUGAUCUAUCCAUCUAAGCCUAAGCCUGCCUUUGAGCUGUUUUCCUCUGCAAUUAAUAGAAUUCUUUUCGGGAGAGUUCUAGCUCACUCCCUAUAAUUGGCAGUCAGCUUUUCCAGUCGGGAGAGAUUUUUUGCUAACAUUCCUAGAUUUUUUACUAGAAGUAAUAUACUUACAAGAUUGUGAUCUUUAUUUCUAUUUGAUUUUUUAUUCCUUAUCUACAUUUAAUAGUAAAAUUAAAUUAAAUAUUGUUAACAUCACUAGCUUUCAUAUCAUUUUUCUGUGUAUACUUGUUUUCAGUUCUAUGUGACAUAUUGUUAAAUAAAACAAGCCUAAUGUUAAAACAGAUGAAAUUUUCAUAACCAUAUAAUGUUACGUAACACCAUAUUUGGCUGUGUACUUUCCAACUAAAAUAAAUAAAAAGUAACGCUCUCUUUUUAUACAUGCAUAAAUAUAUACAUAUACAUAAACAUAUAUAUAUAUAUAUAUAAAAUAGACUUGGAAAUAACAUUUGGAAUUUUUGAAAAUGCUUCAACUUUGUCCAUCCAACUCCUGAACAUUUUGUCCACCCAACUCCUGAAUACCUUUUCAACACUGGCCAACUUCAUCCCGGGUUGACAUACCUCAUUGUCUAUUUACUGUCUACGACAAAAUUUUAAAUAAAUCUUACAACCGACUCUACUUCUAAAGAAAACAACCCUAUCCAUAACUAAGGGCAAAAACUCACUCCACCAAUGGGGACAAAAAACCGAUAUCAUAACUAGGGGCAACAACCCAGUGCAUAACUAGGAACAAAAGCUCUCUCCAUAACUAGGGGCAAUAGCUCACGCUAUUACUAGGGGUAACAACUCACCCCAUUAACCAUUGGCUACAACUCACUCUCAAACUCACUCUUUUUGAAUUUGCCCCCAAAAAAGUUUUUAAAAAUAUGACCAAACUAUUAAAUUCCCAUACUUGACAACCAUUUGUAGGAUAUUGCCAUAGUGUACCAAGCAAGGACAUUAUAAAAAAUUGAGUUUUUAAUUUCCUGCCAUCAAUGUAUUUAAGUUUUUAAAAAUUAUCACUUCCUUUUAAACUCUUCACCAUAAUUCUUAAAUUGUUUAUACUUUUCGAUAGUAUGAAGUAACACGUUCAAACCAAGUUAUUAAUAGUUAUUUCCUGUCUGGAAUCUCGUUAAAACUAAGUCUUUUACCAAUUUCAUUCGUCUUUUUUUUUUUCAUGCCUUGAGGAAGGCAUUCUGCCGAAACCUCCACGCUAUUGUCUAGUUUUUGUUUUUCAAGGGCCCACAUAUCUUAUUAUGAAUAUUCCUCAUUAGUUCAGCAGUAACUAUCAAAUUUUGUUUUUACGUUGGGGGUAGAUUUUGAUUUCCUCAUCAAUGUAGUGCAAGUAUCAGAAUCAAAUUGAUCAUCACAUAUAAUAUCAUUCACAGCUGACCCACAUUGGAGCCACCUCUGGAGCCAACAUGAUGAUGGGAGGUUACGGCGAGUCGGCACCCACCUUACUGGAAGAUGACAGACUCGUCCUGUAAUCAAAAUGAUUUCCCCGUAGAACGUAAGAUUGGUGUGUUUUCAAGGGAUAGAGAGGUGGAGAUCAUUAUGGCUUUGUCCUUUUGACUUUUAUCAUUUUGUUUCAUCCCCAUGCAUACAUGCCUGUGUAAGUUUACAAAAUACGAGACAGCGUUCUUUGAGACAAGCCAACCUGUAGUUAAUGUGACAAUAAGGCUAAUAGAAAACAUAUGGCUGUUGAUCCCGUACAUAUAUGUCUAUACAUCUAUGUCAAAAUGCAUGUCUACAAGUCCAUGUCAACAUGCAUUGUGCACGUAUAUGUCAACCUAACUGUGCAUUAGACUCAUCCUUAUUAGAAGACCUUUUUAAAAGUAACACAUUUUUUAAAUUUCAAGCUAGUCUUUGUUUUUUUUGUAUUUUUUUAAACUACCUACCAGAUACAUAAAAAUAAUUAAAUUAAUUAAAUAAAAUAAAAUAGGGAACUCACACCUAUUUCUAUCCAAUAUAAUUUUAGGUUAAGUUUCAUGAAGGAUGAGAGUUGUCACCAUGAGAUGGUGUCAAAGUUUAUUUACAAAUCAAUGUCACCAAUUAAAGAUUAUAUUUUAUUGCUAACAACAACAAAAAACAACAGAGAGAGGCUAAAUAAAAAUGUUAAGAUUUUCAAAAACUAUCUUUAAACUGCUUUAACAUCUUUGGACAUAGCUCAAUCAGGCUGAAGGUUUGAGCUCAGCACCAGAGUAAGAGUUUUAUAUUGGAAAUCUCAGGCUUGUGACCUUAUGGCUUUCAUUAAAAAUUUUCCCCAGACUUGGAGAUGUAUCUUUGCAAUGUAAUGGCUCCUCCAUUAAAUGCGUACAUCAGAAUUGAUGACAGAUGAGAUAAUGUUUCAUGAAUAAAUUUCUCAGUUUUCAGGCAAGUGGGGGGGCCAUGGGUUAGAUGCUAGCUUAAGAGCCAAAUGGUUCCAGGCCUAGACUCCAGUGAGUUCAUCCCUUGUUAGCUUUACAUUUAUUACUCUUGGGGGAGAUGAAAUUUCAAAGCAAGAAUGUUUUGUUGAGAUAUCAUUUAGCAAUAAUCAUGGGGGGAGUUAAGUUAUGGUACUAUUACAACCAGGGCGUGGAGUUUUCUGCAGUUGACAGAAGACAAUAUCUGGGUCUUGAUCUUGACCCACAGUAGAAACCGACAUUGCCAAGGGGGAGGGGGGGGGGAGAAAAUUAAGCUUGAAUAAUAAAGAAUUUUAGGUUAUAUUGUAUUUAAUUCUUCCUCUAAAAGUGAACCGAAAGGUCACAUAUUAUCUAUUAUUAUAUAAUAUCUGAAUCAAGCCUACAUUCUUGCAUAUGGAUUAUUUUAGAAUUUGAAAAAAAAAGUAAAUGUUUCCUUCACCACUUUAAUAUUUAGACAACAUAUUUUUGGAAAUUUGCCAAUUUAUUUUGGUCUUUUGCAUGUAUUGCUUUAUGUGAAGAUUAUUUAAAUAUUUUUUUUUUAUAGCAGUCACAUAGCAAUAGAAAUAAUGCUGUGGUUUCAAUGUGACAGAAUAUCAAACACAUGUGUUAUUCAUCCGUCCAAUCAUGAAAUACUGUACAUUUCAUGAAAACAUUAUUCUGUUCCUGCCAAAGUUAUUUCAGACCAUUGUCUUCAGAUGAGUUUUUGACUCAUUCAUGAUUUGAAAAAAAAAAAAAUAAAACAUGUUGGUGUUUGUAAUUUUUUGUUUCAUGAUUUUUUUUAUUUCACAAUUUGCAGUACAUUACUUUUUAUUAUCAUUAAAUAACUAUUAAAAUUGAUUAUUUUGUAUAUUUUGAAAUCUAUUGGAUUAAGUGGUUUUUUUUGUGUGUGUGGUUCUCCACCAUGUCAACAUCCAGAUACAACAUCACUUUAAAAAGAACCAUGUUUUGAUUUUGUUUUUACGAAUAUUGAAAAGCCUAAGUUAAAUUUGUCAAUGGCUGCCUAAAAUUUAACAGGAUGUUAAGUUGCAUCAUUAAAGUCUCACGAAAAGGUUAUCCUCUACAACCAAUAAAUGUCUGUGAUAAUCAGCAC